AUGCGAAGACUUUCCCGGAAACCCUUUUCUGUUACUGCUCUAAAUCGCCCGCUCAUCUCUUCAAAAUGCUUCUGUCUGAACAAAGACAGAGACUUUCUGUCGGAAGAUUCAAAAGUCUUACCUUUAACAAGUUCUGGGACAAGUGUUAGGUCUCUGUUCAGUAGCAACAGUUCACUUCCUCCUCCGGAAUGGAUAGAGCCCUUCAACGAUGUCUCCGAUCUAGUGAACUCGUCACGUAACCAUCUCAAGCCGUCUCCAUGGGUAAACCAAAUCCUCAACCUUUUAGAUGGCUCUGUUUCCAUGGAAUCGAAUCUUGACGCUUUCUGCAGUAAGUUCCUCAUCAAACUCUCCCCAAAUUUCGUUACUUUCGUGUUGAAAUCCGAUGAGGUUCGAGAAAGACAACACAUUAUCGCUUGGAGGUUCUUUUAUUGGGCGGGUAAGCAGAAGAAGUACACUCAUAGCCUUGAGUGUUACGUCUCUUUAGUUGAUGUUCUGUCUCUAGCCAAAGACGUGGAUAGGAUUAGGUUUGUGUUUGGUGAGUUGAGGAGGAUGGAGUUUGGUAUGAGUGUUUCUAAUGCUAAUGAGCUGAUUAAGAGUUUUGGGAAGCUUGGGAUGGUGGAGGAGUUGUUAUGGGUGUGGCGUAAGAUGAAGGAGAGUGAGAUUGAGCCUACUUUGUAUACUUACAAUUUUUUAAUGAAUGGGUUAGUGAGUUCGAUGUUUGUUGAUUCCGCUGAGCGUGUUUUCGAGGUUAUGGAGAGUGGGAGGGUUAAGCCUGACGUUGUGACGUAUAACACUAUGAUCAAGGGUUAUUGUAAAGCGGGGAGGACGCAGAAGGCUAUGGAGAGGUUUAGAGAUAUGGAGGGGAGGGGACUUGAGGGUGAUAAGAUUACUUAUAUGACUUUGAUCCAGGCGUGUUAUGCGGAUAGUGAUUUUAGCUCUUGUGUGGCUUUGUAUCAAGAGAUGGUGGAGAAGGGAGUUGAGGUUCCGUCUCAUGCGUAUAGUUUGGUGAUUGGUGGGCUUUGUAAGGAAGGGAAGUUGAAUGAAGGGUAUGCUGUUUUCGAGAAUAUGAUCCGGAGAGAUGUUAAACCUAAUGUAGCUAUAUACACUGUUUUGAUUGAUGGUUAUGUGAAGUUUGGUAGUGUUGAAGACGCGUUGAGGGUUUUGCAGAGGAUGAUUAACGAAGGGUUUGAGCCUGAUGUGGUGACUUAUUCAGUUGUUGUGAAUGGUUUGUGUAAAAACGGGAGAGUGGAAGAGGCGUUGAGGUAUUUCGAGACUUGUGUGUUUAAAGGGUUGGCUAUUAACUCGAUGUUUUACUCUAGUCUUAUAGAUGGUUUAGGAAAAGCGGGGAGAGUAGAUGAAGCUGAGAGGCUUUUUGAGGAGAUGUCUGAAAAGGGAUGCACUAGAGACUCGUACUGUUACAAUGCACUGAUCGACGCGUUCACAAAGUGUGGGAAGGUUGAUGAAGCGUUAGCGUUGUUUAAGAGGAUGGAGGAAGAGGAAGGUUGUGAUCAAACGGUGUAUACAUAUACAAUACUCAUAUCAGGAAUGUUUAAAGAACAUAGAAACGAAGAGGCGUUGAAGCUUUGGGAGAUGAUGAUAGACAAAGGUAUUACACCAACAGCAGCUUGCUUUAGAGCUUUAUCUACUGGACUUUGUUUGUCGGGGAAAGUUGGGAGAGCGUGUAAGAUCUUGGAUGAGUUAGCUCCGAUGGGUGUGAUUCUUGAUGCAGCGUGUGAAGACAUGAUUAACACGUUGUGUAAAGCUGGUAGGAUCAAGGAAGCUUGUAAGUUAGCUGAUGGGAUCACUGAGAGAGGGAGAGAAGUGCCUGGGAGGAUCCGUACUGUUAUGAUCAAUGCUUUGAGGAAAGUUGGGAAGUCAGAUUUAGCUAUGAAGCUGAUGCAUAGCAAGAUUGGGAUUGGGUAUGAGAGGAUGGGUAGUGUUAAGAGGCGUGUUAAGUUUAGAACUUUGCUUGAAAGCUCUGAUCAUGACUUUUAAAGCCAUAUAUCCUUUGGGUUUUUUUAAUCCUAAAUAAAGCUUCCGGUUUGGCUUUCUGUUUCAGUUAACCGAACCAAAUUGUGAAAUUUUCCUGUUGAAUAGGUGUUGAAACACACAAAACGAAGAGAGCACCCUUUAAAAUGCCUUGAAGUUCU